ACUGCACACACGCAGCGCCAGCCUUGAGUCUGUUUCUACCCUCUUCCCGCCUGUUCACCACCACCAUGACCCCGGGCAUACGGGCUCCUUUCUUCCUGCUGCUACUUCUAGCAAGCCUAAAAGUUUUUCUUGCCUUUCCAAGUCAGAAAAAUAGUGUUGCCUCAUCUCAGGACACCAGCAGUUUCUUAACACCGACUACCACUCCAGUCUACAGCGGCAACUCAUCCCCAGCCACCAGCCUUCCAGUGGCCUUCACCAGCUCUCCAGUAGUCCACAGUGGCACCUCGUCCCCAGCCACCACAAGUCCAGUGGCCUCCACCAGCUCUGCAGUAGUCCACAGUGGCACCUCGUCCCCAGCCACCACAGGUCCAGUGGCCUCCUCCAGCUCUGCAGUAGUCCACAGUGGCACCUCGUCCCCAGCCACCACAGGUCCAGUGGCCUCCUCCAGCUCUGCAGUAGUCCACAGUGGCACCUCGUCCCCAGCCACCACAGGUCCAGUGGCCUCCUCCAGCUCUGCAGUAGUCCACAGUGGCACCUCGUCCCCAGCCACCACAGGUCCAGUGGCCUCCUCCAGCUCUGCAGUAGUCCACAGUGGCACCUCGUCCCCAGCCACCACAGGUCCAGUGGCCUCCUCCAGCUCUGCAGUAGUCCACAGUGGCACCUCGUCCCCAGCCACCACAGGUCCAGUGGCCUCCUCCAGCUCUGCAGUAGUCCACAGUGGCACCUCGUCCCCAGCCACCACAGGUCCAGUGGCCUCCUCCAGCUCUGCAGUAGUCCACAGUGGCACCUCGUCCCCAGCCACCACAGGUCCAGUGGCCUCCUCCAGCUCUGCAGUAGUCCACAGUGGCACCUCGUCCCCAGCCACCACAGGUCCAGUGGCCUCCUCCAGCUCUGCAGUAGUCCACAGUGGCACCUCGCCCCCAGCCACCACAGGUCCAGUGGCCUCCUCCAGCUCUGCAGUAGUCCACAGUGGCACCUCGUCCCCAGCCACCACAGGUCCAGUGGCCUCCUCCAGCUCUGCAGUAGUCCACAGUGGCACCUCGCCCCCAGCCACCACAGGUCCAGUGGCCUCCUCCAGCUCUGCAGUAGUCCACAGUGGCACCUCAACUACCAUUAACAGCUCUGAAUCAGACUUGGCCACCACUCCAGUUUACAGUGGAGCCCCAUUCUCUACUACUCAGGUUACAUCAGGCUCAGCUAUCAUCCCAGACCACAGUGAUUCCUCGGUGCUAACUACCAGUUCUGUGUCGGGCUCAGCUACCAGUCCAGUCCAUGAUACCUCUGCAAUGGCUACAACUCCAGGCAGCAAUGGCACUCAGUCUUCAGUUCCAAGUCAGCAUCCUGUUUCUCCUACCAUGCCCGCCAUCUCCAGCAACAGCACAGCACUCUUCCCUACCACCUCCAGGUCACCCCAGCUGUCUGGUGGGGUCUCCUUCUUCUUCUUGUCUUUUUACAUUCGGAACCACCGGUUUAAUUCUUCCCUGGAAGACCCCAGCUCCAACUACUACCAAGAACUGAAGAGGAACAUUUCUGGGUUGUUUCUGCAGAUUUUUAACCAAGAUUUUCUGGGGAUCUCUUCUAUCAAGUUCAGGUCAGGCUCGGUGGUGGUAGAAUCAACUGUGAUUUUCCGGGAGGGUACUUUCAGUGCCUCUGAUGUGAAGUCACAGCUUACCCAGCAUAAGAAGGAGGCGGACGACUAUAAUCUGACUAUUUCAGAAGUCAAUGUGAAUGAGAUGCAGUUCCCUCCCCCUGCCCAGUCUUGGCCUGGGGUGCCAGGCUGGGGUGUUGCCCUGCUGGUGCUGGUCUGUAUUUUGGUUGCUUUGGCCGUCAUCAUCGUCAUUGCCCUGGCAGUGUGCCAGUGCCGCCGAAAGAGCUAUGGGCAGCUGGACCUCUUUCCAACCCAGGACAUCUACCAUCCCAUGAGUGAAUACCCUACCUACCACACUCACGGACGCUAUGUGCCCCCUGGCAGUACCAAACGUAGCCCCUAUGAGGAGGUUUCGGCAGGUAACGGCAACAGCAGUCUCUCUUACGCCAACCCGGCUGUGGCAACCACUUCUGCCAACUUGUAGGAGCAACUCACCCCACCCACUCGGGGCAGCUGCACUGCUCCCUCAGUGGUCACUGCCAGACCCCUGCACUCUGAUCUGGGCUGGUGAACCAGAACUUCUGGCAGGCUGCUCACAGCCUUCCUCUGAGGCUUUGUCAAGAGUCUCAACCAUGUUAGCCUGGUGAAGCCCAGUCCUGGCCUGGGGGACACUGGGGUAGUGGUGGCUCUCAGAAGGACUGGCCUAGCAAGCCUGGAGAUGGGGAUGGGAAUCCAAACAUGGCUGAAUAAAAGAUGGCCUC